CAGAUAUCUAAUAUAUGCAAUUGGCACAACCCAGCGCGUGCUUCUUAAAACCUUCUUCUCUAUUCAAUACCUCUGCGUUCGUUCCCACCUUCAGCCAUCGAAUGAGGAUUGAUUUCCAAUCAUGUCUAUAUUAGCGAAUAUAUUCUAUUUCGAAGCUUUAGGCGCGUUGGAUAGGAGGAACAUGGUUAGCGUUUACGACCUUGGAGAUUUUGUUGCUCCCCAAGGUUCGAGGAGCAAUUGUGACGAGUUUAUUUGUUGGUAAAAGAGAGGUUGAUCUUUGGCCAUGUCUUCCCUUCAACUCUUCCAACUAACCCAGCAUGGCCAGGGUUUUCUGGCUUCGAGGAGAAAAACUCUGCUACUUGCAACUGGUAUAUUAGUUGCUGGUGGAACUGCGGCAUAUGUGCAAUCAAGGAUUAGAGUUAAUAGACAUGAUUUAUUAGGCGAUUCUGGUGAGCAGAAUAAUGAUAGAGAACUCCCAAAGGAGGAGGAGGUUAGGAAAAUAACUUCUGCACCGAAAGGUAAACAGAAAAAAGGAGGGAUGAAGUCACUUCAAGUGCUUGCUGCAAUUCUUCUAUCUGAGAUGGGCCAAUUAGGUGCAAAGAACCUUUUAGCUUUAGUUUGUAUAGUGGUGCUGCGAACCACUUUAAGCAACAGGCUAGCAAAAGUACAAGGCUUCCUAUUUCGUGCUGCCUUUCUUCGACGUGUGCCGAUGUUUUUGCGAUUAAUUACAGAGAAUAUUGUUUUGUGUUUCCUCUCAUCAACUAUGCAGUCUACAUCAAAGUACAUUACUGGGACUUUGAGUCUGCACUUCCGGAAAAUAUUGACUACACUUAUCCAUUCUCACUACUUUAAGAACAUGGUGUAUUACAAAAUAUCACAUGUUGAUGGUCGGAUAACUAAUCCAGAGCAAAGAAUUGCCAGUGAUGUUCCAAGGUUCUGUUCAGAGUUAAGUGAGAUUAUACAGGAUGACCUAACUGCGGUGACUGAUGGCCUGCUAUACUCUUGGCGGCUUUGUUCAUAUGCAAGCCCUAAAUAUAUCUUCUGGAUAUUGGCCUAUGUACUCGGAGCUGGGGCUACAAUCAGAAACUUUUCUCCUGCUUUUGGUAAACUUAUGUCCAGAGAGCAGGAAUUGGAAGGAGAGUAUCGGCAGCUUCACUCACGGUUAAGGACUCACUCAGAAAGUAUAGCAUUUUAUGGUGGAGAGAGGAGAGAAGAAGCUCAUAUUCAACAGAAGUUUAGGACCUUAUUUAGACACAUUAAGAGAGUGCUACAUGACCAUUGGUGGUUUGGCAUGAUUCAGGAUUUUUUAUUGAAGUACCUUGGUGCUACUGUUGCUGUUAUUUUGAUUAUUGAACCUUUCUUUUCUGGCCAUCUAAGGCCUGACAGUUCAACUUUAGGGCGUGCAGAGAUGCUAAGCAAUCUGAGAUAUCAUACUAGUGUCAUUAUUUCCCUUUUUCAAUCUCUAGGAACUCUUUCCAUUAGUGCAAGACGGCUGAACCGACUCAGUGGUUAUGCUGAUCGUAUUCAUGAGUUAAUGGCCAUAUCAAGAGAGUUAAGCUUGGAGAAUGAGAACUUUUCACUGCAAAGACAAGGAAGUAGAAAUUGCAUAAGUGAAGCUAACUACGUUGGAUUUUAUGGUGUCAAGGUUGUGACCCCUAAUGGUAAUGUAUUAGUGGAUGAUCUAACUCUCAAGGUUGAGCCAGGAUCAAAUCUUUUGAUUACAGGUAUGAACUCUCUGCUUGGUGGGUGCUUCUGAUUUUGCGAUUUUUGGGUGGUUGAAUCAACUUUGUCAAUUGAUGUUAAUUCAUUACCCCUUCUUUUCCUUUGUUGCAAUAAUCAUUCUCUUACAUGUUAUUUGGGGGGCUAGGGUUAAUUAUUCAUUCAUUUCUGGGGCCUAAUUUUUCUUACAUGCAUUUAUAGUAUCCACAUGACGGGAAAUAUGGCUAGGGUUGUGCACUAUUGGCACUGGAUGUAAUGUAGCUGAAACUUUUGGCUUGUUUCCUUUCAAUUUUUUGGCAAGCGCCUAGAUUAAUGCAUCCAACCAGGUUCUGCAUCAGAGAUACAUUAUAUUCAAUCUAUAUUGUUUCUCAACAGUGUUUCAUGCAAUUUAUGUGGGUGGCAUUGUAAAAUCUUGUUAAAUGUAGAAUAGUUGGAAAUAAAAAUUUAGUAUUCCCUUUUAUUGGGAUAAGGCUUGGUAGUUGCUGGUUGGAAAGUUGUUCUGAGAGUAUAACCCACAAACAUUAUUUUUACCUGUUAUCAUCUAUUACCCACUUUUACCUUGUGCAUUCUCCUAGAAAUUCACUUCGGCCACUGCCUUGUGGUACUUGUGACUUUUCUUUAGCAGCUUCAUAGAGGUUACCACGGUUGAUGAUUACUAGAAUGCUAUAUUUUCCAACUGUAGUCUUCUAGGUUAUUUUUGUUAUUUUAGGACUGUUAAUUUUGAAUUUAUAAAUCAAACAAGGCCAUACAAUUGACGUUUGAAGCUAAAAUUAAUUGUAAACUUUGCAGAAAUAUUAUUUACCACUUUGAUUAUCAAUUGAUUUAAUUAAGGUCACUGAUUUAUAAAUGUUGCUUAGUUUUAGUUUUUAGUAAAAGGUUUUGCAUUGAUGAUUGAUUUUGUAGGCAUCAAUCAAAUAAAAGUUAAUAAUAUUAAUUGUAAUGUAAUUGAUAGUGCAUUUGUAUCCUCGGCCCCACUGAUAGUAUGCACCCGUUUUCAAAUCUCAAUUCCCUUAAUGCAUCUUGUGGCAAUAUUGUUGAACCAGUUAUGCCUCUCUAACAAUAUUUUGUUUCACAGUUUGAGCAAAUUACCACUUCUAAUGCGUGGACUAGCUCAGUCUAUCUGU